GCGGGCGGACCGGCCGGCAGCUGGCCCCGCGGGCUUUGGCGCGUCGGAGCUUCGGGCGCUUGGAGCCAGCGGUGCAGGCAGCGGCUCGGCGCAGUGCGAGGGGCUGCAACGGGGAGGAGCGGAGGCCGGCGGUGCUCGGGCGGCCCGGGGUGCGCCCCAGCCUUGUUCGUGGCUCGGCACUCGAGCCUGCCCGGCCCGCGUCCCCGCGGCCACAUGGCCCCGCUCCGCGCGCUGCUGUCCUACCUGCUGCCCUGUGCGCUGUGCGCCGCCGCGGGCAGCCAGACCCCAGAGCCGCGCCUCUCUGGAAAGCUCAGUGACUAUGCUGUGACCGUGCCCUGCAGCACAGAUUUUCAGGGACGCUUCCUCUCCCAUGUAGUGUCUGGUUCAGCGGAAGCAUCUGCAGGGAGUGUGGUAGUGGACAGGACACCCAUCCCACCACUGCACUCCAGGCACCUCCGGGUGGCUCGCAGCCCUCUGAGCCCAGACAGAGGGACUUUGCCACCUGGUGAGGCACAGCGUUACUUCCUCUACUUCAAUGUGACCGUUUUUGGGAAGGAGCUGCAUUUGCGCCUUCGGCCCAACCGGAGGCUGGUGGUGCCAGGAGCCUCAGUGGAGUGGCAGGAGGAUUUUCAGGAGCUGUUGCGGCAUCCCUUGCAGCAGGAGUGUGUAUACACUGGCGGUGUCACAGGAAUGCCAGGGGCCGCUGUUGCCAUCAGCAACUGUGAUGGAUUGGCCGGCCUCAUCCGCACAGACAGCACUGACUACUUCAUUGAGCCUCUGGAGCGGGGCCAGCAGCAGAAGGAGGCUGGCGGGAGGACCCAUGUGGUGUACCGCCGGGAAGCCAUCCAGCGGGACAGAGCAGAGCCGCACCACGACCUUCACAAUGAAGCCUUCGGCCUGGGUGACCUUCCCAACCUCCUGGGCCUGGUGGGGGACCAGCUGGGCGACACAGAGCGGAAGCGGCGCCAUGCCAAGCCUAGCAGCUACAGCAUCGAGGUGCUGCUGGCGGUGGAUGACUCGGUGGUUCGCUUCCACGGCAGGGAGCAUGUGCAGAACUAUUUGCUCACCCUCAUGAACAUCGUGGAUGAGAUUUACCACGAUGAGUCCCUGGGUGCCCACAUGAACAUUGCCCUUGUCCGCUUGAUCAUGGUUGGCUACCGGCAGUCCCUGAGCCUGAUUGAACGCGGGAACCCUGCCCGAAGCCUGGAGCAGGUGUGUCGCUGGGCGCACUCCCAACAGCGCCAGGACCCCGACCAUGCUGAGCACCACGACCACGUCGUCUUCCUCACCCGGCAGAACUUUGGGCCCUCAGGUAUGCAAGGGUAUGCGCCUGUCACUGGCAUGUGCCACCCCCUGAGGAGCUGUGCCCUCAACCAUGAGGAUGGCUUCUCCUCGGCUUUUGUGGUGGCCCACGAGACCGGCCACGUGCUUGGCAUGGAACAUGAUGGGCAGGGGAAUGGCUGUGCGGAUGAGACCAGCCUGGGCAGUGUCAUGGCGCCCCUGGUGCAGGCUGCCUUCCACCGCUUCCACUGGUCCCGCUGCAGCAAGCUGGAGCUCAGCCGUUACCUCCCGUCCUACGACUGCCUCCUCGAUGACCCCUUUGAGCCCGCCUGGCCCCAGCCCCCAGAGCUGCCUGGGAUCGACUACUCAAUGGAUGAGCAGUGCCGCUUUGACUUCGGCACUGGAUACCAGACCUGCUUGGCAUUCAGGACCUUUGAGCCUUGCAAGCAGCUGUGGUGCAGCCACCCUGACAACCCGUACUUCUGCAAGACCAAGAAGGGGCCCCCGCUGGACGGAACCGAGUGUGAACCAGGCAAGUGGUGCUUCAAAGGUCACUGCAUCUGGAAAUCACCGGAGCAGACUUAUGGCCAGGAUGGAGGCUGGAGCUCCUGGAGCAAAUUUGGGUCGUGUUCUCGGUCGUGUGGGGGCGGAGUGCAAUCACGCAGUCGGAGCUGUGACAAUCCGCCCCCAGCCUAUGGAGGCCGCCCAUGCUCAGGACCCUUGUUCGAGUACCAGAUCUGCAACAGGGAGGACUGCCCUGGGCCUUACGAGGACUUCCGGGCCCAGCAGUGUGCCAAGCGCAACUCCUACUACAUACACCAGAAUGCCAAGCACAGCUGGGUCCCCUAUGAGCCGGAUGAUGACACUCAGAAGUGUGAGCUGAUCUGCCAGUCGGUGGACACGGGUGAAGUGGUAUACAUGAACCAGGUGGUCCACGACGGGACACGCUGCAGCUACCGAGACCCGUACAGUGUCUGUGCCCGCGGCCAGUGUGUGCCCAUCGGCUGUGACAAGGAGGUGGGGUCCAUGAAGGCAGAUGAUAAGUGCGGAGUCUGUGGCGGUGACAACUCCCACUGCAGGACUGUGAAGGGGACGCUGGGCAAAGCCUCCAAGCAGGCAGCAGCUCUCAAACUGGUGCAGAUACCAGCGGGUGCCAGACACAUCCAGAUCGAGACGCUGGAAAAGGCCCCCCACCGCAUUGCGGUGAAGAACCAGGUGACCGGCAGCUUCAUCCUCAACCCCAAGGGCAAGGAAGCCUUGAGCCGGACAUUCACUGCGCUGGGCCUGGAGUGGGAGCAUGAGGUGAAAGAUGCCAAGGACAGCCUCAAGACCAGUGGGCCCCUGCCCGAAGCCAUUGCUGUCCUGGUGCUCCCCCCAGCUGAGGGUAGCCCCCGAGGUAGCCUGGCCUACAAGUACGUCAUUCACGAGGACCUGCUGCCCCUCAUCGGGAGCAACAACGUGCUCCUGGAGGAGACAGACACCUACGAGUGGGCACUCAAGAGCUGGGCCCCCUGCACCAAGGCCUGCGGAGGAGGUAUCCAGUUCACUAAGUACGGCUGCCGGCGCAGACGGGACCACCACAUGGUGCAGCAGCACCUGUGUGACCCCCGGAAGAGGCCCAAGCCUAUCCGCCGACGCUGCAACCAGCACCCGUGCCCCCAGCCUGGGUGGGUGACAGCGGAAUGGGCUGCCUGCAGCCGGAGCUGCGGGAAGCUGGGGGUGCAGACUCGGGGUGUACAGUGCCUGCUGCCCCUCUCCAAUGGCACUCGUAAGGCCUUGCCAGCCAAGGCCUGUCCCGGUGCCCGGCCUGAGGCCCGGAGGCCCUGCCUCCGCAUUCCCUGCCCAGCCCAGUGGCGGAUGGGAGCCUGGUCCCAGUGCUCUGCCACCUGUGGAGCAGGCGUCCAGCAGCGGCAGGUGGUGUGCAGGACCACCGCCAACAGCCUCAGGCAGUGUGAGGGGGACAAGCCAGACACCUCGCAGGUCUGCAGCCUGCCCGCCUGUGAAGGAAAUCUCCAGAACUCCACAGCAACGGCAGAGAUCCAGGAGCUCGUGACCCUAGAGGGACAGCAAGUGUCAGAGUCCGGGACUUUGCCUCCCAUGAACAAGAGAUCACCAACGGAGCCCUGCGUGGGGGACAGGUCCAUCUUCUGCCAGAUGGAAGUGCUUGAUCUCCACUGUGCCAUCCCUGGCUACCAUCGGCUGUGUUGUGAGUCCUGCUCCAAAAAGGCCUCAGGCCCCAACGCCAGCCUGUCCUCCACACCCACCUUCCCUACUCCUGGGAGCCACUUAGCACAACCCAAGGCCACUCCCAACAUCAUGGAGCCUACCAUGGAGCCAGAAGGAGCAGAUGACCACCAGCAUGGCCGACCCACCCAGCUCCCAGGGCCACCAGACACGAGGUCCUCAGUCCCCCAGCCCUACUUGGUCCCACAGACCCUGAGCCCCAGAGUAUUUGGGGGUACUUCCCCUGCCACCCCUCAGGCACCACCUUGGGGCUGGACCCCAGCAGCUGUGACAGCCUCUGAGGACCAAGGGCGGCCCAGAGAGGAAUCGAGGCAUCGGGGACCAGCCUUCCCACCACCUCCCUAGUGACAUGAGCCAUGCCAUGCCAUCCUGUCAGUCAAGUUUACACUCCGUGUGCUGCCCCAGCGACCCCAGCUCAGAGGAUUCAUGGAGCAGGGCAGGGGCAAGCGCAGACUUCCUUUUAAAUUAUUUGCCUUCUUGUUCCUAUUUGGGGCUGUGACGCUCUUUCCCCCGUGACAGAGGGUGGGAGGAAGAAGAUCAGGGAAAGCCCGAACCAGAGAUACCUCAGCCAGCAGUCCCCAGACUGGACCUCUCAGGGGCUCCUGGGGCCUCUCAGGGCCGAGGGUCUGCCAGCACCCUUCCCCAGAGCCAGCAGGCCCCAGGCAGAUCUGAAGCUCAUGCUGGGAGCUGUCAGGGAUGCCUACUUUCCCAGGACUUGUGAGGACCCCUGUGCAGGCCCCAGAAUGGCAAAGCAGGCAGAGGGAGGUAGGGGCUGCUCACAGGGCAGGCUGGGGAAGGACCUGGAACGAACAUGGUGGCCAGCUUCCCUGAAGUACGGUGAGCACAGAGGGCAAACAAGUUUACCUCAGGCCCAGCUGUCCUCAGCUGAAAGCCCCAUGCAGCUCCACAAGCUGAGGCUGGGGGCAGAGGCCAGUUCACCUCUGCUGGCUGGAGUGAAGUGUUCAUGUCCACACUCUGCCACACUGUGGAUCCACUCUGUGGAUGUCACUUCUGUUAUUUCUGGUGAUUCCAGUUGUACGCCCAGCCCACAGAGAAGGGGUCCCAGGGUAUGCUUGUCCCCAAGUCCUCAUCAUCAGGGGUUUCCAUACUGGUGCUGGACCCCUGGCUGGAACAGAAAUUAGCCCUGCAGGGCUAGGAGUAGGCCAGCCUGGUGGGACACACAAGACAUGACUUCUCAGACUCUGCCCUUCAGCCAUUGCCCUCUGCCAAAGUCUACUCCUACUGGAGUCAGGGGUCCUCUCCUGCUUGGCUUGAGCCAGGCUAGGGUUGUGUGGUGCUCUGAGGGGUGGCUCUGGGGACCAGAGAGUCCGCUCAGCCAAUGCCCAGGGGAUGACAAAGGUGACAGCCCGGCCUCAGCCCCCAAGCUGGGGUGAGGAGAGCACACUGACCCGUGGUGCUGCAGGGCCUCAGACAGGCCAGCCACUCUCUCUGCUACCUCCAGGGGGCCAGGUAAUGGCCCUAGGCCCUCUGGCCCUUGGGAAGUAGCCCAGGCCUUCAGCCUUCCAAGGGUCCUCAAUCCUAGGGUCUGCAGGAAUCUCUGAGCUCUCAACAGAUUACCCAGGCUCAUAGAGGUGCUUGUCAGACUCCCUUCUCAGAUAGGAGGAAGAGGAGCAAUGGGUCCUGACCUUGUAGCCUCCUUGGGGAAUUGGAGUCCUGAGGCCCCAGGUGUUCUCCCAGGGCUGCCCUUCCCUCUGUAGGUUGCUGGAGCACACACCAAAUCAUUCCUGAGAACCAGCCUGGCCUGGGCCAAGGAGUGUGAACCCUAUGCCUUGGAGACUUAGCUCUCUUAAUGUUAUAUAUUUAUUAACAUUGCCCUUGGUGCUUUGUUUUGGACCCCAAAAAGCAUUGCUGUGUGUUUUUUCUUUUUUUCUCUCUGUUUUGGGGCAAGGGGACAAUGGAGCCAGAGCUGUAAGGGGCUGGGGUGGGUUGUAGCAAGACAAUGAGGGGUGGGAUGGCAGGGGGGGACCACCAAGGAGCUGGGUGGCCUUGCAGGUCACCACCCAAAGGGUGGAGAUGGCUGGGAGGUAGUUCUGGGAUCCACAGCGACAAAAGUGUUCAAGUACUCAGAGCUUUCCAAACCUCCCUUUGGGAGCUACCCUUCUGUAAGCAGCUGCCAUCAGGCCUAGGGGUGCUCAUGAGGUGACCCAGGCAUACGUCAGGGGAGCUGAGCCAGGGAGAUGCUAGCGCAGGCCUCCGAAGCAGUCUCAGGAUGGUUUAGGCAGGAAUUCUGUGGCCUCAGAGCCCAGAGUGUGGCCUACAGAGGAGGGUUGUGUGCCCUGUGCAGAGACUUCCUCUUGGCCUGGUGCAGUCCCUGCUAUGGAGAUUGAUCGUAUGGGCAGAGUGAGGCCCUCUAAGAGCCCUGGUAGCCCUGCUCUAACAGCGAUCCUGGCGCACUGCCUGGUACAGCAGUAACACAUGCAAAAACAUGCCCACAUGUCCCUAUCUUGUGCCUGUGACAGACAUUGCCAAUUUAUCACUGCACCAUUCCCCUCUGAGCCCAGAUUCACCCCAAGAAUCCUCCACAUAGUGCUCUGGGCAGUGGACACAGACAAUUGCCAUUGUCAGGACACGGAGCAGGAAUGUUGGGUCAAUAAUUUAAAUUUACGGCACUGGAAAUCUUCCCCCAUUCAGCAUCUCAGGCAGAAGCAUAGCACCUAGAAGCAGAAUCACAGCACCUGAAUCGAGGAGGAGGGACCCAGAAACCAACCCCUGGAUCCUCCACAGGGCCCCGGUGUGGGGUGAGCUGUCUCCAGGGAGCCUUCAGGUGAUCGCAUUCUGAGGGGCCGAUGCCCAUCUGCUCACCUGGAAACAGGGACUUGCCUGGGUGACUUCUGAAAACAGAGAAUGUGUGCUUUCUGACCAUGAGGGGCCUCCUAGGAGUUAUGUGGGUCACUGGGUUCUUCCUGAACCAGUCAGCUUGGAGGACAAGGGAGCUGUUCCCUAUGCACACCAGUGAGCUUUGCCAGACCCCCAGCCCUCAGCCUGGGGUCCCGCUUCCAGCUUCACUGUGGCCUGCCCAUCCCUGCAGGUCUACAGCUGUCCAGGCUUGGCUUGGGCCAUGGGACUCUGAACACAGGUCACCUGCCUCUGUUUAGGGUACAGAACGCUACAGGAGAGCAUCACAGGGGCUAGGAUGUGGCUCAGUGGUAGACCACUUGCCUAACAUAUAUGAGGCCCUGGGUUCGAUCCCCAUCACUGGAGAAAGGAAGAGAUUCACUCUACCAUAACAAGAAGUAAAACAAGGAAAGCAAGUGAAUUAAUUUCCAAAAGGUGACAUGCCUCUCUGGACACAGGACACACAUAGUGUCGGUCCCACCUUUGGUGAGACAUGGGUAGAAGUGACCACCAUAAGAGCAGGUAAGAAAGUACAAGUGAAAUGUUAAUAGAUGUUUGUAGGUGAGUGUGAACUUUAGAAUCACUGGCAGCCCUGUGCAUGAGGGGAGUUUAAAAAAACAGACCCAUUUACAGUAGCAUCAAGAACACCAAAUACUAUACACUGAAAUCUAUAAAGUAUUGUGGAGAAAAACUUAAGAAUACCUAUGUAAAGUAGCCCAUGGCUCUAAAUCAAAAACCUCAGUAUUGCUAAGACAUCUGUCCUCCUCCAGUGUGAUCAUACAUUGGAUGAGAUCCGCUUACCUUCUUGUCCGGGGAGCCUGGCAAGUCCUCACCAUGGCUGUCCUCCAUGUGGAGGCCAGGAGACUCUUUCCUCCAGGGGCCAGCUCAGCCUCCACCUGCUCCUGAGAAGCAGUCCAGCCCUCACGGGGCAGCCUGGCCUCUGGCCUCAUUCUUCUUGCAAACCCCCUAGUAAUGGACCUCCAGGCCUUCCUUGCGACAUACACAGGAGGCAGGGGAGGGGUUAGGCACGAGGCCUGGGUCGUCUGACCUGGAGCUGUGUGGGUACUUCCCGCAGAGUCCCUCCUCCCUGCCUGUGUUCAGGUGCCUGGGCUUGGGGCCAAGAGUGUGUGUGUUGGGGGCUGCGAUGGGGAAGAGAAAUGGCAGGUAAGAGUGUGACUGGAUGGUGCCCAGGGACGCACCUGCCACUGACUAGAAGUCUCUAUGGCCUACCCCGAAAUCCUCUCUCUAUUUUGAAACUUUAUGCAUGAACUACAUGUUCAUUACUGACAAAAUUUAAAAUCUGAUGAGAAAUUGAAUCCAUCUUUCUACCAAGCAGUAACCCCCACUAACAAUUUUAUAAUCCUUCUACGUGUGUGCAUGUAUGUAAAUAUACCUACCACACACACACACAUGGAGGCCAUUGCAAUGCCUGCCAUUAGCAUCUUGGUCUCCCCACACCACUACCCUGCAGUAGGCCUUACUUGGGUCGUUUCUCAGCUUUGGUGUCAUAAAUAGUGAUGUAAGAAAAACCCUUGACACUUACCUGGUUUAUCCUAGAAAACAUUCCCAGAAGUGCGCUAGGGUGCAAAAUGUACCCAAACCACAUCUCGAAGUCACUUGAGGCACAUUUCCCAAUUGCUUCCAAAAAGGUUGUUCAGAUUGUAGUCUCUCCAGUGAUGUAAUAAUAUUGGACCCUAAAUAUUAUAAAGUCUGAUUCUUAUCUUCCCUCAAAACACCUACAGAAGGGCUGAGGAUUUAGCUCAGUGGUUUUGCCGCCUGCUGUGCAAGUGCAAGGACCCAAGUUCAUCCCCGGUACCAAAAAACCCCCCAAAAGACACCUACAGACGAAGUCUUGGGCAUCCAGACAGGUGACACUUCCACAACCUUGCGUAUUUGCAGUGUACAUGGCAAGAAUUGGCAUUCAUGAUGAUAUCCCCAAGAGCCUGGGACAGUCCCGAGGGCCUCUGAAUCACUGAUGUCAUCCGAGCAUCACACCAAGUAGUCAGCAGGCUGCACAGGCAGAGCAGUGGGCCAGGGGGUGCCGGAGACCCAGGCAUGGGCCAUCCUUGCCUGAGAGUCGGGCCACUGCCUCACUCUUCUGCAAGAUAGAGAAAACUGCUCUGGCCUGAUAUUUUCCUAGGAAGUCUACCUUCCUGGCAACCCUUUAUACUGGGGAUGGGGACAUUUACUGUCAUUGCCAUUCUCCAUAUGAUCUUCCACCAUGUCUGUCCUCCUUCCCCUCCGCCAAGGAACAGCAGAGCUGGCCACUGGCCAAAACUAAGUGGUCAGCGGGCAAUUUCUGCAGUGGUUCGAAUUGGAUCCCUACUGCUAAUGUCCUGUGACUUGCAGUGCAAUUAAAAAAAAAAAAAAGCUUUAUACAAGAACUCCCCUUGCUCUGUGACUGGGAACAAAAUGCUUCUGAGCUCUCCAGGGCUGAGCUGCUUCCAUAAAAUGAGAGAUUGAGCUACAAGCUCAAUGGGCAAUGGUUCCAGGCAAGAAAAGGGGAAAGCAGCUCUCGCUGUCCCAGGGCUUGGAGGCUGUUGCUGCGUGGGUGCAGAAUAAUGAGGUCUCUGGAGAGCUGAGAAUGCUGCAUAAAGGGGCUGUGUACAGGGCAGGGGUCCUGACUCAAGGCAAACCUUGUAAACAAGUGGAGACAAUGGUGCCUGAGAACAAAUGCCAUAAGGAAUGAGGAUCUGGUGUUUCCAUGGCUUCAAGAGAAAACUCAAAUACACAUUUUUAAAUGUUCACAAAAAAUAGAUAACCUACAGGUCGGAUGAAACCCAUCAAUGGUCUGGGUUUGGCAUAUGGCCACAGUGUGCAGCCUCUGGCCUGCAGAAAUGGGCACAGGAGCUGGCACAGCUGCUGUGGAGACAGAGCCUGCUGGGCGAGGCCCUCACAGAUCCUCUAGGAAUGAGCAUUUAUCCAGGGAGCCCCUCUGUCCCCCUUUCUGAGCCUUGGUUUCCAAGUGGGGGGCGCAGCCCCAGGUCAGGCCACAUGAAAGGGUCAGGGUCUUGGAAGAAGAGCCCUGCCCUGUCUUGGCUAGAGCAGCUCCGAAGAGGCACUGCUAGCAGGUAUGGAAAAAAGGGAGGCCAGGCGAGGGUCCUGGGCUGGGAAGCCAAGAGAACUGGGUUCUGGUAGUGUUAUGGUUUAGAUCUGGGAUGUCCUCCAAAAGCCUCGUGUUCAGAGGAUGGGCUUUUGAAGGUGAUCGUAUCAUACAUGGGGAUGCUGUACUCAUCGAUGGAUCCAUUCACUAGUGAGUUCAGCAGCCCAGUGUGCUCUUAGGAGAUGGGCCUCACUGGAGAUGGGUCACUGAGGGCUCCUCCCUUCUUGCUCUGCUUCCUGAUCCAUGAUACAAGCAGCUUUUCUCCACCCAGGCCCUUUUGCCAUGCUGUUUCUGUAUUUGAGCCUGCUAACCAUGGAGUGAAACUUCUGAAACUGUGAGCUGAGAUAAACCUCACCUCCUUUAAAUUAUGGGUGUUGGGUAUUUUGUCUCAUCAAUCAGGAGAGUGACUAAGAUGGGUGGUGUGCCUGAGGGGAGUCACAUCCCUCUCUGUGCCUCAGUUUGCUGUGCUCACUAAGAGCAGGGUGGCCACUUACUGGCUAUCGAACAAAUUACCUGACCUCUCUCUGCCUCAAUUUCCUUACCUGAAAUAGUAUAAUAGUAUUUAAUCAGUAACUGUUAAUCAUUAAUUGUUUUAAGGAUUAAAUAAGGUAAUAUGUGCAAAAUGCUAAGCAUGGUUUUAGGGGCAUAGAAAGCAUUUAACACAUGAGUUUUAUUUCUGGGAACCCCAUGUGACUCCAUGGUUUGAACUUGGAAUCACAGACUACCCAACAAUUAAGAUGAGGCCUUAGGACUGGGGGUGCAGUUCAGUGGUAGAGUAUUUGCCUAGUGCAUGAGGUCUUGGGUCCAUAGUACCAUAGAAGGAGAAGGAGAAGGGGAAGAGGAAAGGGAAGGGAAAGAGAAAGAGGAAGAGGAAGGAGAAGAAGAGGUCUUAGUGAACUGAGCAAUAGACUGAUGCCUAAAGAAGGGGAACUUGCCCAGGGACAGACAGCUAGUUGGGGCCAGGGGCAGGUGCCACCCAUGGCUGAUCUCUCGCAGGCUUUUAGGAGUGGCCCUGAGAGGUACACACUAAUCAUUGCCCUUUCUUCCAAGUGCUGUCCAUGGGCAGGGCUGGCCAACUGUCCACCUUCCUGCAUGGGCAGCAAAAUUGCCAAACACUAUCAUUUUGAGUGGUCCACCUCUAUCUAGAAGAGGUGACUAGAUCUGGAAGAGCUGCUGCUAAGCACUAUUUUUGUUCCCUUCCUACUCGCAGGAAGAAAGACUGAGCAGUAAUUACCCUUAGUUAAUGGUCUCUGGAGGUGACAAAAGCUUAGUUGAGUGGGCAAAACAGAGCAGGACCAUGUGGAUGUCUUACUAACAUCAGUGUCUAAUCAGCCAGACACAUUAGUGCUCAAGCCUGGGGUCUGAUAACAGCUAAGUACUGACCUGGUGGAAUGCCGCUGGGCAAGAGGGAGGAGGGAGUGAGUCUUCUAAGUCCCACCUUACCCUCUCUCCCCCACAGGAGGGCCCCAGGGGGCAGGAUCUGUUCCGCUGUGGUGAUUGUUUUGGAGGCAGAUUGGGAAAUGUGAGGAUUACUAGGGCCUGGUGCUGCUAGGAGGCAAAGUGGCCAUACACUUGGGUGCCCCUGGCAUAACCUAAACUAGCAACAGUGGCUCUAGGGCUUCACUGGUAAGAAAGCAAAAAGGAGGAGAUUGUGGCAUUUUUAUAGCUGCUGUGUGGCCUUAGGAAAAACAGUAUGUCCUGUGAAUCUUGCAGGUAGCAUUGUCCCUGUCUGUCCCCCAGCCUGAGGAAUAGCAGGGCAGAUUUGUGUGUUUUCUGUCUGCAGGGUUGGUUUUCAUGCGUUUGGUUCUGCUCAGGGCUUUUACUCUUUUACAACCGAGUCAGGAGCUACUAAAACACAAUUACUCUUAUGGCAUCCUUGUUGCUAUUUGUGUUUCAUUUUGCACAAUGAACUGACCUAGAGGAAAUACAAGCAGCAAGGAACGGGCCACUUAUGUGGACACUUGAUCUCAGCCAGGAGCACCUGCUUCGUAAUGUCACCUAGAGGCGGCACAAUUUAGGCCAAGCUGGAUGAAGACUCCAGGAAUGAACAUAUUCUUUGUUCCCAAAAGCAGUACAGCUAAAGAAGGAUGGCAAAGAGACAUCUAAAACCCUCGUAGUUCCCUCCAGUGUGGUGGUGGUGGUGGUGGGGAUGUGGAUUUGGGAGGCCCAGGGAAGAGAUGGGCACUGUGACAGUUGGUGCUGGUCUUGUGGUAGGAGCAAGGAGCAUCUCAGAUGGAGAGAGAAACGCUGCUGCUAUGCACUUUAUUUUUCCUUCCUGCUGGCAGGAAGAAAGUAUAUAAGCAAUAACUAUCUUAUAUAAAUAAUCUCUGGUGACAAACAAGACCUUAGCUAAAUGGAAUUCAUGAGCUGCUCAGUUACACAGACACAAACAAAAACAUAAGCCCCUCAGUCCAAAAUGUCUGAUGAGCUUUCCUGGUAGGGCUAGAAAAGUUCCAGCUGGAAUGGAGUAUAUUUGUAUGCAAAGUAGGAAUUUUGUUUUUAAAAACUCACUGACACCUAAAUAAACAGUUCUCCAAAGUGGAUAUGCAAAUGACCAAUAAAGCACAAGCUGUCACGAUACUACGCCAUACCCAGUAGGAUGGCUACACUUCAAAAGGCAGAUAAUAAGGAGUGUUGGCAAGGGGUGGAGAAAUCUAAGCCACAUGCCUGGUGUUGGGAAUUAAAGUGGUUCAGUCACCUUGGAAAAUGGUCUGGCAGUUCCUCAAAGGAUUAAAUGUAGAGUUACCACAUAAUCUAGCCACUCACUCAUUGGUAGAGACUCAAGAGGAUUGAAAAUAUAUGUCUAUUCAAAAAACUUGUACACGAAUGUUCCUAGCACCAUUGUUAACAAUAGCCAAAAGGUGGAAACAACCCCUAUGCUCAACAGCUGAUUCAUGGAUAAACAAAAUGCAGUCUAGCCAUGCGAUGGAAUACUACUGUGCCAUAAAAAGCAGCGAGGUGGUGGUGCACACUGCAUCAUGAACCUUGAAAGUGUUUUGCUAAGUGAAAGAAGCCAGUCUCAAAGGAUUACAUAUUGCAUGAUUCCAUUUCUGUGAAAGACUAGAAAAGAUAAAUCAAUAGAGACAAACUACAGAAGUAUCCAGGGCAGAUGAAAAUUGCAAGAAAAUGGAAAGUGACUACUAUUAGGCACAGGGGUUUCUUUUGGGAACAAUGAAAUGUUCUGGAAUUGAUUAUGUCGCACAACUCUGAUAUGAAAAGCUAUUGUAUACCUUAAGUGGGUAUAUUUUAUAGUAUAAAUUAUGCCUCAAUGAAGCUGUUAUAUAAGAAGUAAUAAGGGAAAUUGGGUAAAGGAAUACAUGGGAACUCUUAUUUUUCUGUAAACCUAAAACUGUUCCAAAAUUAAAAGUUUAAAAGUACAAAUGAAGAGAGCAGAGAGACCCAGCUCACUUACAGGCUUUCUAGGACUGAGUCUUUCCCAGCCCUUCUGUCCCAUGCUGACCAGUGAAGGGGAGAGAAUGUGAGCCAGCAGCGCUGAGCCCCUGAGCUGGUGUCAGAGGGGAGGACAGGUGCAGGAAAAGGGGAAGCCACCCUUCUGGAAAAUAGGGCCUUGGAUGAAGGGGCUCCCAGUCCAAGGUAAGUGGGAACAAACGGAGACUGACUGUACCUCUGCAAAAGUUCAUGAGAAAAAGGUAAGAAGGAAAGAGUACUAUACAAUUUGAAUGUGUCCUCCAAAUUCAUGGGUUGGAAACUUAAUGCCCAGUGCAACAGUAUUGAGAAGUGGGAGCUUUAAGAGGGGCACAGGUCAUGAGGGCUUUGCCAGCAUCACAGGACUGAGUUAGUUAUCAUCGGAGUGGGUUCUUGAUAAAAAGGUGAGUUCCCACACACAAACACAUACUUGUGAAAUCUUUUGCCCUUCCAUGUUCUGCCAUGGGAUGACAGAGCAAGAAGACCCUCACCAGAUGUGGGUCCCUUGAUCUUGACUUCCCAGGCUCCAUAAUUCUAGGAAGUAAAUCUCUGUUCUUUGUAAAUUACUCAGUCUCAGGUAUUUUGUGACAGCAGCACAAGAUAGAGGUGGAUAAACCAGGAGGAGAGGGAGAGAGGAGGGGUAUUGUGCAAAGGAAACAUAAGAAUACAUCCUGGAAUGAAAUGCUUCUGGGAAGUAGAAAUAGUAGAUAAGAAGUGUUUUGCAUUCACAAAUUAAAGAUUACCCGAACUCUUUGAAACAAGUGAUCAAUGUUGAGACAAGGCAAUACAAUGAGGUGAAAAGGAGAUUGUAAGGACCAAGAAAACUAAAGGAUGAAAAUAAUACUACUGCAGAGUAAGCAAAUGUAGUAGAGUAAUAUUCAUAUCAGAAGUAUAGCUGAAGUUUGGGGUUGUAGCACUUGUGUAGCAUGCAUGAAGCCCUGGGUUCAAUCCCCAGCAUCAAAAAGAAAAGUAGAGUUGACAUGACAAAAAGCGAAGGCAGAGGAAUGGAAUGGAUGACAGAUUGGAGAAAAUCACACCACAUGCAGAAGAAAUGAACCCAAUGUGAAAUGGAGGUGAACCACAAGACCACCCUGGUAACCCACAAGGAAGAUACACUCACCAGCUGUUUUUCCUUUGGGCAAAUCAAACUCUCUUCUGAAGUAUUGUCUAUAAAAUUGUACUAAUAACAGUGAAGCUGUUAUGGUAUGUACAGGCUGAAGAAAAUGAGCUCUGCCCAUUCCCUGCUAAUAUCUGAAUCCUGAAUCUGCCUCUUUUUACUUGUGUGAGCUUGAGCAAGUUAUUUUUUUCAGCUCUUUUCUGUCAAAUUAUUACAACUACAGUAGCCACUUCCUAAACUCCCAGAGUAGAUCAAAUACUUAAAGAACUGAAGUGGCCCAGGGAUUUAGCUCAGUGGUUUCAUCGCCUGCUGCACAAGUGCAAGGACCUGAGUUCGAUCCCCAGUACCAAAAAAAAAAAAAAAAGAAAACCAAAAAACAACAAAAAAA